AUGAAUAUUAUACGAUGUUCAUCAUAUCAAUAUAGAUGGAAUAUUAUUACUACUACUACUUAUCAACCUUUAAUUAUCCGUAAAUGGUUAUCUACUGUAACAUCUACUACUACCACUACUACUAGUAGUUCUACAACUACAACAACCACCAGUGAUAGUGGUAGUAGUCCACGAACUACUCCUUAUUCAGAUAAACAUUAUCAACCAAUUAUAUCAGAAGGAUUUGCCGGAUUUGAUAAAUUAAUAAUACCAAAAGAUUUCCAAGCUCCAAAUCAAGAAUUAACUGUCGAUCCCAAACUGAUAAAACAACAACAAUUACAAUCAAUUGUUGAAAGUUUUAAAGGUCCAAUUGAAGUUUCAAUAGGUUAUGGUUCAGGUAUACUUCCUCAAAAUGGAUAUUCAUCCACUGAUACUAGUGACAGCGAUAGUAGUAGUAUUAGUACUACUAGUAGUACCAACGGCACUCAAUUAGAUUUCAUUCAUUUAGUUAAAAAUAGUCAACAAUUUCAUCAACAAAAUCUUAAACAAUUCCCCGAACAUUAUUCAUUUAAAUCAUUAUCAUUAAUAAAAUUAAUUCAAGGAAAUGGCAUAUAUUUUAAUCCUUAUGUCACCAUAAAUAAUCAUUCAAUAAAAUAUGGUAUAAUAUCAUUAAAAUCAGCAUUUUCUGAUUUAUGUGAAUGGAAUUCAUUUUAUUUUGCUGGUAGAUUACAAAAACCAGUUAAUAUCUUAUUAGAUCAUGAUAUUAGAUUAAAAUUCUUAAAUCAAUAUAAUUUAAAAACAGCAAUGACAGUAGCAAUAUUCAUAUUAGAUAAACGAGAAUUUAAUGAAUUUGAUUUAUAUAAAACAAUUACUCAAUUAUCAUAUUUAGGAGAUUUUAGAAUGUAUAUUGGAGGAGAGAAUCCAAACAAGAUUGAUAAUAUUGUUGUUAAACAAUAUGAUUAUUUUAAACAUUUAUAUGAACCAAUAUUACAAUAUUUCAUUAAGAAUAAUUAUUUAGUAAUUGUUGAUAAUAAUCAAGAAAAUAGAAUCUUUAGAAAGAAUUUACCAAAUAAUUAUAAAAUUAAAUUAUUAAGUGGAUUACCAUUAGGUUUUAGACAAAAUUUAUAUAAACAUUAUUAUGAAAAAUCAAUUAAAGAAAUUGCUAAUGAUGAUAAAUUAGGUCAAAAUAUGAUUAAAGUUAUAACCAAGAUUAUUCAAAUUAGUUCAAUUAAACAAGCAAUUAAAGGCAUUUUCACUGCUGGAUUAAUUAAAUCAUUGAAAUAUGCUUUAGCAAAACAAAUUAAGUUUUGGAAAGGGAAAUUGAAUAAAAAGGGUUGA